UCUCAUAUAAGAGAGAGGUUUAGGGUUUCAGGGUUUCAUUUCUCGGCCUCAUAGAAGAGAACAGAAGAGAGAGGGGAGAGGAGGUGAGAGAGAUGAAGACUAUCUUAGCGUCCCAGACGAUGGAUGUUCCAGAUGGAAUGAAGAUCAAGGUAAAAGCAAAGAUGAUCGAGGUGGAGGGUCCCCACGGCAAGCUCAUGAGGAACUUUAAACAUCUGAAUCUGGAUUUCCAGCUGAUCGAAGGUGGUAAGAAAAUGAAGGUCGAAGCGUGGUUUGGAUCGAGGAAGACAAUGGCCGUCAUCCGUACCGCUAUCAACCACGUACAAAAUCUCAUCACCGGCAUCACCAAAGGCUACCAUUACAAGAUGAGAUUCGUGUACUCUCACUUCCCCAUUAACGCCAGCAUCACCAACGGCAACAAGAGUAUUGAGAUCCGUAACUUUCUCGGCGAGAAGAAGGUACAGAAGGUUGAGCACGAACUUGUUUUAGAUGGGAAUGAUGUUGAGCUUGUUUCACACUCGGCAGCCCUGAUAAACCAGAAAUGCCAUGUGAAAAACAAGGACAUAAGGAAGUUUCUUAACAGUAUUUAUGUCAGUGAAAGGGCAACCAUUGCUGAAGAGGAUAACUGAAGUAGGUCGGUUUCGUUAAUAGAUGUUGUGGAGAGAUUUUGUUUUGGGUAGUAGGUUGGCAUUUUUCCACAUUGUUUGGAGAUAUAUAUGAUAGUGGUUGAAAACGUUGUGGUUCAUGUAUUUUGAGUAUGGGAUCUCUUUGGAGAUUAAAGAUUUUUUCUUGGUUUUUUA